UUGAGCUGCUUUAUUGAGACUGUCUCACUCCGUCACCCAGGCUGGAGUACAGUGGUGCGAUCUCUGCUCGUUGUAAUCUCUGCCUCUCAGAUUCAAGUGAUUCUCAUGCCUUAGCCUCCAAUGUAGCUGGAAUUACAUGCCUCGAGCAUUUUUGUACUUUUAGUAGAGACAGGGUUACAUAUUAGAGACAAGAUACAAAGAUGUACAGAUGAGAAGUAAUUUCUAAAAAGCGCUGGAGAACUCUACUAUAAAAAGGAUCUGGGGUGCUAUGAUGCAAGGAAGGAAGCAUUACUUGGUUGGGGCUGAAAAAAAUAAAGCAAUUAUAGUAAAAAAAAAAAAAAAAAUUUGAUCCCAGCUUCUUGAGUGUGGUCCGAGAAGCAACAGCCCAACUGGCAGCCUGUUAGAAAUGCAGAGUCCUGGGCCCUACCCCAGACCUCAAGAAUCAUAAUCUGCAUGUUUACUAAGAGCCUCAGGUGUUUUUUAUGUGCUCAUUAAAGUUUAAGCAGCACUGGUCUGUAUCACAGCAAGGAGAACCAGACCAUCAGACGGUAGGCUCCCUGGCACAGCUGAAGCAUUUUCAAAUACUUUGAUACAGGACAGUGUAUCUGAAGAUACUGCAUUUUUGAAAAUUAAGUGCUAUAAAUACUGGAGAAAGACCUCUUUUUUUUAAAAACUGCGGGGAGAUUUCUCAUAAGCCAAAUUUCUUUUGACUAGAAGCAUUUUCUGGGGAGUAAAGUACCAGGCUUCUUUAAAGUGAGGCAGAGCAACGUUAAAAAUGUGCGAUAAGAACUCAGUCUUGGCCAAGUCGACCGUUCACCAGCUGGGUCAAGUCUGGAGUCGCCUAGGUCCCUUGGCAGUUCUGAGCCACCAGGAUGAGGGUUUACAGGAAGUCGAAUUGGCUGCUGUUCUGCUCCAGAGAGCAGCUGAGUCUUUUUUGUUUUUAGACAGAAUUUUGCUCUUGUCGCCCAGGCUGGGGUGUGCAAUGGCGCGAUCUCGGCUCACCGCAACCUCCACCUCCCGGGUUCAAGCGAUUCUCCUGCUUCAGCUCCCAAGUACCUGGGAUUAUAGGUGCCCGCCACCACGCGCGGCUAAUUUUGUAUUUUUAGUAGAGACAGGGUUUUUCCAUGUUUGUCAGGCUGGUCUCGAACUUCUGACCUCAGGUGAUCCGCCGCCUCAGCCUUCUAAAGUGCUGGGAUUACAGGCGCGAGCCCGCGCUCCCGGCUCUCAGAUGGGUCUUUAACGCGGAAGAUGCAGAAAGGAAACUUGACAAAACUAUUUUGUGAGUGUGGCCGGGGAAUUCGGUGAGGGUGCUACACGGAAAAAGUAGUACCAACCGCUCAUUCACUGUGAAGCCCGUAAGUGACCUUAGACCUCUAACCCCGCGCCUCACUCCGCCCUUCCGUGCGCAGCUUCCGCUCCCGCCCCUCCGGCAAAGGGCUGGCCAAGGGGUGUGGGCGGGGCUCUGAGGUCGGCGGUUAGGGGCGGUGCCCGCUGGGGGAGGGUCUCGCGAGGGGCGGGAUUCGAGGAGACACUCGAGCAUUGGGCACCAGGUAGAGGCGGGGUCUAGGGCUGGGCUGAGUUGGGCGGGGCAGGGAGUUCGUAGCCGCCUCUGGGUAACUUGACUCGGGCAGCCAAACCUCCAGAGGCCGGGGACGGCAGGCGGGCCCGCAGCGGAUCCUGGAUCCGGAAUCUCCCGGGCAGGAGCGGAAUCUGUCCCGAACCAGGUCUGUGAGGAACUCGCAAACUUGGAUUAGGAAAUCCUGGAGCCCGGAUCGACAAACCCCGGCACCCGGAAUUAAGAUCGCCAAGUCCCGGAUCACGGAGCACAGAGCGCGGAGCGGACUCUACGCGGAGCCCGGAUUCCGGAUCGCGGCACCGCGGGACGGGACGGAGCGAUGUCGGGCCGAGGCGCGGGCGGGUUCCCGCUGCCCCCGCUGAGCCCUGGCGGCGGCGCGGUGGCCGCGGCCCUGGGAGCGCCGCCGCCUUCUGCGGGACCCGGCAUGCUGCCCGGACCGGUGCUUCGGGGACCAGGGCCAGCUGGAGGCGUGGGGGGCCCCGGGGCCGCCGCCUUCCGCCCCAUGGGCCCCGCGGGCCCCGCGGCGCAGUACCAGCGACCUGGCAUGUCACCAGGGAACCGGAUGCCCAUGGCUGGGUUGCAGGUGGGACCCCCUGCUGGCUCCCCAUUUGGUGCUGCAGCUCCACUUCGACCUGGCAUGCCACCUACCAUGAUGGAUCCAUUCCGAAAACGCCUGCUUGUGCCCCAGGUGCAGCCCCCCAUGCCUGCCCAGCGCCGGGGGUUAAAGAGGAGGAAGAUGGCAGAUAAGGUUCUACCUCAACGAAUCCGGGAGCUUGUCCCAGAGUCUCAGGCCUACAUGGAUCUCUUGGCUUUUGAGCGGAAGCUGGACCAGACCAUUGCUCGCAAACGAAUGGAGAUCCAGGAGGCCAUCAAAAAGCCUCUGACGCAAAAGCGAAAGCUUCGGAUCUACAUUUCCAACACAUUCAGUCCCAGCAAGGCAGAAGGCGACAGUGUAGGAACUGCAGGGACCCCUGGGGGAACCCCAGCAGGGGACAAGGUGGCUUCCUGGGAACUCCGAGUGGAAGGAAAACUGCUGGAUGAUCCUAGCAAACAGAAGAGGAAGUUUUCUUCAUUCUUUAAGAGCCUGGUCAUUGAGCUGGACAAGGAGCUGUAUGGGCCUGACAAUCACCUGGUGGAGUGGCACCGGAUGCCCACCACCCAGGAGACAGAUGGCUUCCAGGUAAAACGGCCUGGAGACCUCAAUGUCAAGUGCACCCUCCUGCUCAUGCUGGAUCAUCAGCCUCCCCAAUACAAAUUGGACCCCCGAUUGGCGAGACUGCUGGGAGUGCACACACAGACGAGGGCUGCCAUCAUGCAGGCCCUGUGGCUUUACAUCAAGCAUAACCAGCUGCAGGACGGGCAUGAGCGGGAGUACAUCAACUGCAACCGCUAUUUCCGCCAGAUCUUCAGUUGUGGCCGACUCCGUUUCUCUGAGAUUCCCAUGAAGCUGGCGGGGUUGCUGCAGCACCCGGACCCCAUUGUCAUCAAUCAUGUCAUUAGUGUGGACCCAAACGACCAGAAGAAGACAGCCUGUUACGACAUUGAUGUGGAGGUGGAUGACCCGCUGAAGGCCCAGAUGAGCAAUUUUCUGGCCUCUACCACCAAUCAGCAGGAGAUUGCCUCCCUUGAUGUCAAGAUCCAUGAGACCAUUGAGUCCAUCAACCAGCUAAAGACCCAGAGGGAUUUCAUGCUCAGCUUUAGCACCGACCCCCAGGACUUCAUUCAGGAAUGGCUCCGUUCCCAGCGCCGAGACCUCAAGAUCAUCACUGAUGUGAUUGGAAAUCCUGAGGAGGAGAGACGAGCUGCUUUCUACCACCAGCCCUGGGCCCAGGAAGCAGUAGGCAGGCACAUCUUUGCCAAGGUGCAGCAGCGAAGGCAGGAACUGGAACAGGUGCUAGGAAUUCGCCUGACCUAACUGCUCAGGGAUCUCUUCCUUUCUUCCCAGCCCUGGAGACAGACCACCCUCUGGGUCCUUGCUGGGGCCUCAGACAUGUAGAUUGGGGUGAGGAGUGUCUGCUGUCACCCUCUACUCCGCAGCUUUAGUUUUAUAAAUGUAGUGAUAGGAUUCCUUGUUGCUUGGUCCCCAAAGCCUUAUUCUUUUUGCAUUGGCUUUAAUUGGGUUCAGCAGAUGCCUCCUCUGCCCCGUGCAGGCAGGCCCAAGUAGGACUGCUGGAGGCUGUGCUUUGUAACAAUUUUGGAACCAAAGGCUGCUGGGUUUGCAUGUUUACAGACAACCCCUUGGGGUGAGGGUCAGAGCUGGCUCUGGGGAGCUGAGCCAGGAAGAGGAGGUUCAGCCCAGACUCUUCCUAGCCUUUCUAAACCAAAGUUCUUUGCCAUUCCUACAAGCCCAGCCUUGCUGCUGGUUUUUUCCUUUCCUUUGGGUAUUUGCACUAUUUUGGGAGCAAGUUUUCUAUGUGGGAGCCACUUUUUUUGUACAGGGGAAAGUUGGGGGUUUUCAGGGAGCCCUGUUUGGUGCCUCCUUGUUUUCUUUCCUCAAUCUAUGCAAGCGGCUCUGGCCGCCAUCAUCUCCUGGGAUGCCAGAGGGCUGCCUCUCCAGUGGUGUGGGCCGUGGAGGGGAUACUCCAGUUCUCUAGCAUGGCCUGAGGUAUGGGUGUGUGCAUGGGGAGGCUGGGAGGAUCGGUGUUACCCUUUGGAGUUUGGUGAGGAGGAUGGGCCUAGGGGCUUGGCGAGUGCCACUUCUGGCAGGUUUGGAAAUUUCCAAAUAAAUCCUUUUGUCUA